UGUGUGUGCACAUUAAUUCUUAACGUAAUUGCCGAUUUUUGUUUUCUAGCAGGAAUACAGAAAAUUCCCUUUACGUGGACAUACUUCAUUUGAAAAAGUAGCGUUUUUCUUUAAAAUUCCUAACCUUAUAUCCACGUAAUUACGUGGAUUUGGUGCGAAUAGACACAGCGAUAAAAAAAUGAUACUCUCUUUCGUCCCUCGAACCGUCCCUUUUUUAUUUUUAAUCUGACGCCGCUAAGCAGACGCUACACAGUAGCUGACCUUCAUCAUCAUUUUUCUUUGAUGGAAGGGUGUAUUAGGUAGUUUUUAGUUUGUAAUUUUGUAAAGCAACGAACAAAAAAAUGGAUCCGAGAAUUCAUAGACGCCAGGAAGCGGAUAAAAGCUCCGCAGAUAUGAUUGUGGAAUGGCUCAACGAAGCAUCGAUGAGCCCAAAUGAAAAUAUCAAAGUGCAAAACAUUUGUAAAAUACAGGAGAUCACUCUGCAUAAGGAACCUUCAUUGCUUGGCACUUACUUAGACUCUAUAUUACAAUUUGCCCUUGACAGAAAUGCAGAUGUUAGGAAAACUCUAGCUGGCUUUAUUGAAGAAGCUGGAGAAAUAGUACCUGAUUACAUUCCCAGGCUUCUGCUCAUUCUAAUUAGAUUAGUGACUGAUCCAGCACCAGUUGUUGCCAAGAGAGCAUUGAGAACAAGUGGGAAAAUUUUUAGGGCUACCUUAAAGUGGGCAGCAAGUGCACCUGUUGUUUCCCAAGAUAUGGAAACUGCCUGGGCUCAGAUUAGCAACUUGAAGAUUCAGAUCAUUGGAAUGAUAGAUAGUGACAAUGAUGGUAUAAGAACGCAGGCGUUAAAGUUCUUGGAAGGUGUUGUCCUGAUCCAGUCGUACCCAGACCCUGACUCACCAAAGAAGCCUGAAGAUUUUUCCUUGGAAGAUGUGCCUCUUACCUUAAAAAUUGCGCGCAGAAGAAAGUUAGAAGAAGAGGCAAAUCAUGUAAUGGACCUGUUGAUCAAAUUCUUUGGAUCGGCCCACGUCAGCAGCGUCAAUCUCAUCACCUGCUUGGGAUCCUUAUCUUACAUUGCCAAAUUUAGGCCACAGUUUAUGCCAGCUGUGAUACAAGCAAUACAACGAGUACAAAGUGAUUUGCCACCAACGUUAUCCGACUCUCAAGUGACAAGUGUACAAAAACAGUUGAAGCUCACUUGGUUUGGUCUUUUGAAGCAUCCUGCCAGCAUAGAAUUUGCACAAUCGAUCGCGAGGCAGCUCACCCAGCUUGGAUGCAAAGACAGCGAGAUUCUCAAAUCCUUCCCCAAGCCAGAGGACAUCAAACGAGUCAAAAAACGGCAGCAGGAAACAGCAGCUGCCGUUGCAGCGAAAAAGGCAAGGGUUGAGACUCCUGUAAUACCUAUGGACAAUGUUGAGCCAGAACCUUUGCCGGUUCCAGCCCCAAUAAUGCCGCCAGAAUUGAUCGAGCUAUCAGAGACGUUCAUAACAGAGAGACUCAGCGUCGAAAUAGCUACAGAGUUGGUCAUGGAUAGUAUGGUAUGGGUGCCCGACAUAAUGACGUCCGUUUUCCAAAGAGAGUACCAACCAACCGCCACGACCGACCUCAACACGCAGCGCAUGGUCAUUGGCAAACUCCUCGCAGCUCAAAUAAAACAAGCCAGGGAGAAAAAAACAAAGACCAGCUCCAAGGAAGACAAGCUUGACAUGGUGAUGGAAGACUUGAUAAAAAAUCCCACCAUCACCGUAGCCGAGGUGAAACGUGAACGCAAGCGCGAGAAGGACCGAGAAAAAGAGCAGCUGGCCAAAGCUUCCCUGGAGGCGCACGAAAAGGCCAAGGCAGCCACGCGAACGCGCGUCAAGUCCCUUAAACUUGCGGAAGUAACCAAGCCUCUGCUCAAAGACACGCGCGAUCGCAUGCUACUCAUGUGCGUUAGGCGCAUGCUGGCGAGCGAAAAGAGCACGAGAAUCGGGGGUGUCACCAAGACUCGUAACAAAGUCCUUACGACUCUAGCAGCUACAUUCAACCCCGAAGUUAAAGCCUCCAUUCUACGUCACAUAACGGAGGACAUGCGCACGCGGAUGGACUUGGCGCUCAGCUGGCUGUACGAGGAGUAUGCGCUGCUCCAAGGCUUCCAGAGAAGGACAAUACUUAACACGACGCCCCAGGAGGCGCCGCACACGGCAUACAACUCUUUGUUUUGUACGCUAGUAAACGCUAUCGACGCUAUUCCUGGCAAAGACAGAGACACCCAGCUAACGAAGCUUUAUCUGGAGGCACCUCUCAUUACCGAAGAUGCGGUCGAAGCGCUCAAGAGCAUAUCGUCCGACGAAACGAGAGGCUUGGCACCGUUGCAGUUGCUGAAGGAUCUUGUUAUCAGAAGACCAACCAAGCAGCUUACGCUACUCAACGUGCUGCUGUGCCACACGGGUCAUGAGAAAAAUAUGAUUCGGGAAAAUGCUAUUCAACUCGUCGUACAGCUCUACAGUCGCCCGGACCUAAGUAAAAUGAUCGAAGAGUACGCGGAGCUUUACUUGGGUUUCUUGCGUCUGCCUAGUCCACCGGAAAUUCUGUUUGGUCAGGACCGUGGCCGACUGCAUAUCGAGGAAAACUGGACGGAAUCGACCACUCGCGCCUGUCUCAGUCUGUAUCUAGCUCUGCUCACCGAACACCAGAACCUCAUCCAUGAACUCGCUCGUAUCUACACGUCCAUGAGCGCCGAUGUGAAACGCAUCGUUCUUCGACUGGUCGAAGGACCGGUCAAGUCGCUGGGCAUGGCCAGUCCACAGCUGCUCGACCUUAUAGAAAACUGUCCCAAGGGCGCUGAAACUCUAGUUACCAGAAUCGUUCACAUUCUCACGGAAAAAGCUCCUCCAAGUGCUGAACUAGUCACCAAAGUUCGAGAACUAUACCAGACACGUGUCUCCGACGUCCGGUUCUUGAUUCCCGUGCUCAACGGUUUGACAAAGAAGGAAGUCCUUGCAGCUCUGCCCAAGCUCAUCAAGCUCAAUCCCGUCGUCGUCAAGGAAGUGUUCAACAGAUUGUUGGGCACCUACAACAACGAUAGUGGAGUGCCGCACACGUCGCCCGUCACUCCUGCCGAAUUGAUGAUUGCUUUGCACACGAUCGAGCCGAGCAAAGCUGAGCUCAAGACUGUCAUUAAAGCCACGUCGCUGUGUUUUGCGGAGAAGCAAGUUUUCACGCAGGAAAUUGUAGCGGUUGUGAUGCAACAACUCAUGGACAUGACUCCGUUGCCCACUUUACUGAUGCGCACUGUGAUACAGAGUCUGGGACUUUAUCCGCGUCUCAGUGGCUUCGUGAUGAACGUACUACAGCGGCUGAUACUCAAGCAGGUUUGGAAGCAGCCCAAGGUCUGGGAAGGCUUCGUCAAGUGCUGCGAGCGCACUCAGCCCCAAAGUUUCGCUGUUAUACUGCAACUGCCUCCGACGCAGCUUAUUGAUGCGCUGAAGAUGGCCCCGAAUCUCAAGGGUCCUCUAGUGGCUCAUGUUGAGUCUUUGGCUGAAAAUCAAAAGGCGCACGUUCCACAAUCAAUCAUGGAUGUGAUUAAGGGAAAACCACCGGCCGUAGUACACGACGAUUUUGAUAUUGCUCCCCCUGGAGAUUUUUCAGAACGUCGAGAUACAACCGAAAUGGAUAAUCUCGAACCAGCACCGCCUGGUUUGGAUUGAUUGCCUUUUUUACCAUUAAAUGCAUAAAUUUUAUUAUGCCUGGAUGGAGGUUUAUUGAAUUUUUAUUUCUUAGAACGAGUCAAUCGUCUUUUAUUUUGAUUUUCUGUAGUGUGAAGAAUGAACGAACUAAGAGCUGUAUAUUUUAAUCAUCUUGUUGAUUUUGUACCAUGUGGAUGAUGAAUUGUAUAAUUGAGA